UAACUUGCAUACCUUACUGUGCAGAAUUACUAAAGAGCCUAGAGCAACAAAAAUUACAAUCUAGAAACCAAAUAAGCAGCAUUAUGGCACUUUUACUUCCUAUUUGCAGUUCCCCUCUUUGUGGAACAAGCUAACACUGGCCUAUCGUGAAGUGUGCUCCAAUGGCUCAAGUGCUUCUCUGUAGCCAGAGAGCUAGCAGGAAGUGCAGCUUGGGUGCCUCUCUACUCAUCUCAUCAAUGCAGCUUUCAUUCUCCCUCAGCGGGGCAAGAUGGAAGCUGUGAAAAAGGACCACUGGUACUUCGUGGUACUCGUCUUUCUCCCUUUUCUUAAAGUUGCUGUCCAGCAGGGAGAGGCUGUCCAUACAGUUCGUCUGGAGGAAGGGAUGAUUCUGGACUGUUUAUGUCCAUGGGAAGGCAACCUCAGCAUGGUGUCCUGGACCAAAAUACCAGACAAAGACCCCGUAGCUGUUUUUCAUCCUGAGUAUGGAGUGGCGUUUUCUUACCAGUACCGAGAAAGGAUAGAGUUUCUGAGGAAAACACCGAUGGAUGGAAGUAUUUCCUUGAAGAAUGUCACUCAUCAGGAUAUUGGGAUUUACCACUGCUCUGUUCAGACAUUCCCUCAAGGACCCUGGACCAGGAACAUUCAGGUGGAGGAUUUAGAUGAGCCCCCUGAAGAAGAAGAAGAUGAUUUCACACAGGCUCCCACCCCAGAGGUUUUAAAGACAGACACAGAGUUGGUAGCUGAGCUGAAUGACAACCUGACCAUCAGCUGUAACCCCACACACAACGCUACCGUUCUCCAGGUCAUUAUGGAGAAGAUGGUUCAUGAGCAACAGUGGAGCAUCAUUGGAGUGUGUAAGAAGGUGGAGGGGGGUCUUGUAGGUGAAGACUACAGCGACAGGGGCCGUAUUGGCUGUGCAGACAGUCUGGAUGUCAGUUUGCACCUGGUGUAUGUGGAGCAGGAAGACGGUGGUUUCUACCGCUGCACUUUCAGCACCGACACGGGUAUUCAGACCACAACUGUGACGCUCACUGUGACUGCUCCAGGUUGGUUCAGCCUGUCCACGUACAUGUUGUAUAUUUACUUCGGGGCUGGAGCUGCUUCUCUGGUUCUUCUUGUUGUCAUCAUCAUAGUUGCAGCGAGGCACAGGAAGAGGAACAGGAGAGAAGAGUACAGAGUCAAACUGCACCCAUCGCAGAGACAGCCAAACUUCUAUGAGAACGUCUCAGUGUGUCCCAGAUUUGCAAAGCGGCCCAGACAGAUACGCGACUGCCCAGUGUACGCCAACUUACCCACUGUACGAUCACACAAAACUCUCCGUCCGCCUCAUGAUAAAUGAGUGAAUCUGAAUGAAAUGUACUGCAUAAUGUGAGUCUGUAUCUGUCAAAACUGUCAGAGCAUUCUCAGCUUUCCACAAACAAAACAGAUUGUGUACAUAAAAAAAAAAAAAAAAAUGUCUUUGGAGUUAUUUAUUUGAGUCUUUUAAACCGAUUCUAAUCAAAUUGCAGAAUGAUCAAUAUUCAUGGAGUGAUGUGAGUUAACAACUUGGUCCUCAUGUAAGUCUCAGGAAGCUGACAGGGUUGUCUGGGUCCAACCAGGGUCCCGCUAAUUAAAUGUGGUAUGUACUGCAUAAUUACUGUUGAGGACAUAUUUGUUUUAGGCAAAACAAUAUUUGACAGUAACCGUCAUGCAGAAAGAGCAGACAAAAGCCUGUAUAAUCAUUCCUUUCACUUCCCUAACCCCCGAGUAAAAGGAUUGACAAAAGCUUGUGUAAUUGCUCUCCUUUUACUUUCAUCCCUCCUGGUUUCCAUUCAAAGCCUGACAAUGGUGUCUAAUCAUCUAACGGAAAAGAAAAGCAGUCACUCAGCACUGUACCAUCACUUGAGACUGUUGCAUUUCCCAGAGGGCUCUCUGUCUGGGACGACUGCUUUCUACUUACAGCACGGUCCUAUUAUGAAAGCUAAACCCUAAUUAGCUAUUCCUGCGCAUAUACUUUCUCUGUCUUCUGUUUAUUGGUGAUUUUUUUUGUUUUUUGUCUUUUUUUUUGUACAUUUUGCUUCUGAAAAACCGUAAUUAAACUGUUCUUAUUUGUCAGAUUUUCUACAGUCACAUUUGUUUUGUUUUUUUUGUCAUUUCUGCCUGUAUUUAAGACUUCUGUUUAAAGAUGAGUAAGAUUUUGCUGUAAAUGUAACUUUAAGUCACGUAUCUCCAUAGAAAUGGAGGCAGUGGCAGAGGGAGUGAUGGAUAUGUGGAGACAACGCAAAUGUGGAACAUUAAGGGACAAUGUUUGGAAAGUUGUUGUUUUUUUUGUGCCAUCAUUCUCUAGUCCUGAAGCUGUAAAUGUAAAUCUGAUUGUGUGAUAUGGUGUGUGACCAGCAAUAAUGAAACUGAUGUGUGAGGCAUGUUGUGGUACAAAUAAAAAAGCAGAGUUAAACCGCC